AUCCUGACCCACUCCUCAUCUACUCCAUAUUCAUGUAGAUAGCCGAUCUCGCUUUCAGGGCAACAGACUUCCUGCCAUCUUCCAUCAUGCCAAAAACACGACAGCUCCUCCAGUGAGAGACCACCUAUCCCUACACUAGGGAUGAUCGUAACGUUCUUGAACUGUAUCACUUUGAGAAGCAGAAUAUAUUCUUUGCUCAUCUCAAUUCUCACCGGCUGGAUCAAAGACGUUGUCCCAUUGAACUUAAAUUGUUCAGAUGUCUGUCAGAUGUUAGACGCUGAAGAUUACUUACAUUGUAGUUCCAACGUUUGUAUCCCGGCACUGCCAACACUCAGUGCAAGGCCUGAAUCUUUGACUUUCCAUACAGGAUUGGUGAGGAUUAUGCCGGGUAACGGAGAUGAGAAGGUUAGAUGCGAUGCAGAACCUAAAAUGGCUUCGUGAGCACUGUCUUGAGGUUUCAAUCUUGGAUAUAUGCGUUUGGCUCCUCGACAGGCCGGUCAGAGGGUAUCGAGUUUUAGCAACUUGGCCGCUUUCCAUUGAAACCCACCGGCAUGAGAAUGAACGAAUA